AUGGGCAUUUUGCACGGAGCACAGAACAUGGUAUCAGGGCGGCGGUAUGAGGAUCGUUGGGACACUAAUCCGCAUCCCAGCAGCUUCCCGUCUAGUGGGAGAAACAACCAUAAAACCCGAAAUGGGCAAUCUAAACAUUCCACUCUGAAACAUGUCACAAUUGCCCCAGUGAAGCUGAAAGAACACCAAACAUGCUUGUUGCAGUGGGCCCAGCAGAGAAAAGGCUCUGUGCGGCUCUGCUGUCUGAGGAUGACUAUUUGUGACCUCCCUGUGGAGAUUAUCAAGAAAGUCUUGGACAUUUUCCAUCCCUACUAUAUCGAGGAAUUGGAACUAUUCACAAACCAGGUUCUGCCCUUCCUGGUUCACUUUGCAUCUUGCCUUGGCCGAAUGAGAAAUCUUCGCAAAUUACAUCUAACUCAGAUCUACUUACGCACAGACAGGGUUGGAUAUCCUACUUUGACAUAUACAGAGAAGUGUGCUAUCAAGGUCCUUUCUCAGUUCUCCAAACUCAACUGUCUCCAGCAUUUCUCUAUGAAUGGAGUCUACCUUUCCUCUGACCACAUGAAACAUUUGUUCAGAUGCCUGAAGACCCCCUUGGAGUCCUUGUGUAUCACUCUUCGUCAGCUCUCACAGUCAGACCUGAAAUACUUGUCACAGUGUCAGAGGCUCUGUCACCUGAAACACCUGGUCCUCAAUGGCGUAGAGUUAUCCGAGUUACGUCCCACACAUCUCCGAGUUCUCCUAGAGAAUGUAGCAGGCACACUGCAGAACCUGGAGUUAAUGAACUGCAGGAUAAAGGACUCUCAGCUCAGUGCCCUCUUGCCUGCCCUGAGCCAGUGCUUCCAGCUUACCAGUGCCAAUUUCUAUGAUAAUGACUUCUCCAUGGCUGUAUUGAAGGACCUUCUGCAAAGCAUGGCCAACCUAAGCAAGUUGAGUGUAGAGCUCUACCCUGCCCCUCUAGAGUGCUAUGAUCGCCAGGGUUAUAUUCUAGUGGAGAAAUUUACCCAAGUAUGUCCUGAGCUCCUGGAUAUACUCUCUGCCCAAAGGCAGCCCAAGACAGUAGCCUUUGCUACACGCAUCUGCCUUGAAUGCUGCAGGCGCUGUGUUUAUGACAUGGAGAGCACACUUUGUUGGUGUUGGCAAUAA